UCAAUCGGAUUGUGUCUGUUCUUUUACUUGUCUUCUCCGACCAGCGUCGCUAAAACCCUAGAAUUCCCAAAACCUCUACGGUUCAGUUCAGAGGAAACUCUGGGUUCUGUCGAUUUAACAAUGGAGGAUCAUGACCUGUCUUCGGUGCAUUCCACGGUUUUCAAGCAGUCCGAGUCGUUGGAAGGAAAGUGCAUUAAGAUCGAAGGAUACGAUUUCAACCAGGGAGUGAAUUAUCCGAAGCUUAUCAGAUCGAUGCUCACCACCGGAUUCCAAGCCUCCAAUCUCGGGGAAGCCAUUGAUGUCGUCAAUCAGAUGCUAGAUUGGAGGCUCGCUGAUGAAAGCAUACCUGAAGAUUGUGGUGAAGAGGAGAAGGACCUGACGUAUAGAAAGUCCGUGAGGUGCAAAAUCUUUCUGGGUUUCACUUCAAAUCUUGUCUCGUCUGGUGUUAGAGACACGAUUCGAUACCUUGCUCAGCAUCAUAUGGUUGAUGUUAUAGUCACGACGACUGGUGGCGUAGAGGAGGAUCUCAUAAAAUGCCUUGCACCUACUUAUAAGGGCGAUUUUUCUCUGCCGGGUGCUUAUCUUCGAUCAAAGGGAUUGAACCGAAUCGGCAACUUGCUGGUUCCAAAUGAUAAUUACUGCAAAUUCGAGGAUUGGAUCAUCCCCAUCUUUGACCAGAUGUUGAAGGAACAACAAGAACAGAAUGUGUUGUGGACUCCUUCUAAGCUGUUAGCUCGCUUGGGGAAAGAAAUAAAUGACGAAAGCUCGUACCUAUAUUGGACAUACAAGAACAACAUUCCGGUUUUCUGCCCUGGCUUAACCGAUGGCUCUCUCGGUGAUAUGCUCUACUUCCACUCUUUCCGUACCUCGGGCCUCAUAAUCGAUGUAGUGCAGGAUAUCCGAGCUAUGAACGGGGAAGCUGUUCAUGCGAAUCCUAGAAAGACGGGGAUGAUAAUCUUAGGAGGGGGACUGCCAAAGCACCACAUCUGUAAUGCCAAUAUGAUGCGUAAUGGUGCAGAUUACGCCGUGUUCAUAAACACGGCCCAAGAAUUUGACGGGAGCGACUCUGGUGCUCGUCCCGACGAGGCUGUUUCUUGGGGUAAAAUCAGAGGCUCUGCUAAAACCGUUAAGGUACAUUGCGAUGCCACCAUUGCCUUCCCUCUGUUGGUUGCUGAAACAUUUGCUGUGAAGAGACACUCUACCUCCAACGCUUAGGACUUCUUCUUUGUCACUGUCCAGAUUCGAUUCUUUGCAAGAGGAAAGCUUCUUGCAGUGAUCAGAGUAAUGAUUCUUUUUGGCGAUGGAUUUCUUACAGAACUUUCCCGACCCGUCAGAUUAUGUGUAGUUUAAGACAAGAAAAUAGAACAGUAGUUAUACUUUGAGAGGUGUUUUAUGUUUUCCUGUGUUACGGCGGGCUCAGAAACUGAUCAAUGAGAUCUUAAAAAAAAGGUGGGGCAGAUCCGUAAAUAUGGAAAGUGCGGAGGUCAGUUCUGUCAAAACCGGAAGUUUUCCGGAAUGCAAGCUCCAAGCCUCUCCUCGUGUUACUUUU